CUGAACAUUUAUUUUUUAAGACAAAGAUGUAGGUAAUGUGGGAGGGACACAUUCAAGAGAACUUCUAUUUCUAAACUUUGGCCUUGAUCAAAUGUAAUCUUAACCUGAGCUAAAUACUGUAUUUUUGUUUACUGCAUAUUCACAUCUCUUUUCCGCAAGUAGCCACAAAUGUCGGACCGCCUAGAGAAACCAGUCGAAGACCCCUGCAAAGUGCAUUGAUAGAUGAAUCACAGUCUCUAUGCAAAAUGGAUCGUCAAGGGAACCCAAAGGAAACUGCUCUUCUUUUGAACUAGCAGCUCUCGAUCAAACAAAAAUAACACACACGUUGCCAAUCUCAGCAGCAAAAAGAAAUUUCCCUCCAUGUCUUCAAUUAUUCUUGGAUUUCGACAGCGAGGAGUUACUCACAGUUCUUCACACAGCUUGCUUUACUUCAUUUCAUGUCCUAAAAUACAGCUGGAGCGCUAACAUGCAGUAUUACCACAGGGUUAUGGGAACGUGUCCAGAUGACAUGAACUACCCAUUAUGUAAGAGUACUUUGUGAGCAGUUCGGCCUUCACUAACAAGUGCUGUUUAUGGCCUCUGGUAGACAUAUGAGUUUCUGUAGCUGAUUAUAGACUGCUGUGGAGAGUGACUGAUACAUUAAUAACAUACAAAACUUGCCAUCUUCCAGAAAAAAAGCCGAUAGGAUUUAGAUUUAUAUUUCAUGUGCAUUAUUAAAGUCAUGAGAUUGAUAGUUUGAGGGACAGCCCACAGACGUGUUAAGUGCUCAUCACCUGUUAUCAUCCGUCAUAAACUCAUCCUACUGUCAAAUAAUCCUGCACUGUACUGCUGACUAGUGGACACUUUUAUGAGAAUGAAACGUAUGUGAGAGAAGAAAGAGUAACGAUGGAAAACGCUUUUGGUAAAUAGGAUAAUGAAUGAUUACUAGAGUUAAUUAACUAAUGCUCUAAAAUAGAGAGGAUAGGUAAACAUAGCAUGUUAUCAUCCGAGAGCUUGUCUGCUAAAAUAAGGCUUUCAUGCGUUGAGGGUUGAUUUAUUUCUACUGCCCGAGGCUAAGUUUAAUCAAAUAUGGCAUUUACAGCCAGUACAAAAUAGGAAUUUGUUUUGGGGUAUCACUUUUUCCACAUUUGGAAAAAGUGAUAUCCUGAGAAAGGCGGUCAUUUGCCUCCCCCUCCUGGUGAACGCUGUAAUAGUGCUUACAUUACAUCAUAGUCUGAAGAGAAUUAAAAAUAAUGGGUUAAAGUCUCUAUUAAGCCCUGUGACGUAGAUGUGGAAAGCGAGACCUCAGUUGCAUUAAAAUUAAUAAUUUGCAAUUUUGACGGAUUUUUUUUUUUUUUUGGAGAACUGCUUAGUUGUUAAAUGUAAUUAUAAUAUUAGAACGUUCAAAAUUCCACAUAGGCUACACAUUUUAAUUGAAUCACUUUGUAAACAGAAAUAAAAUACACGCAUUAGAUGAUCAAGUACAGAAAUUAAUAAUAACAAAACUUAAUAUUUACAGGGAUACGACGUCAUGUUAACUUCAGCAAAAAUCCAGAUAAUAACUAGUUCAAAAUGUGCAAAUCCAUAUGAAAUAGGCUUUUUUUUUUUUUAAUCGAAAAGAAGACUACGUCGUAACGAUAUGAAUAUCCUCUUUUCUCUUUUCCAGUCUUUUCUCAUUAUAAUGUUGGGAAGAUUCUCAUUUUAUGCGUCCGCUGUACGCUACAUUGUUUUCGUCAUAAGCGAGCGGCGUUACGUCGAGCCGCAUCAAACGCUUUCAUUCAGGCAGGGGCUUUAUGAUGCAGAAAUACCAAAAUGAUUGGCCUGAUAUCAAAAUGAGUGAUCAUAAAUAAUAACGCGAGAGUUUGCAAGUUGCCUGCCGACUGUAGUCACAACUGUCAAAGGCAGCAGCGGAUACGCGCGUGACCCAGCACCCAUACUGUUACUGUACACGGUCGCGGAGAUAAUAUCCCUAUCAAACAAAUACACGGCAUAAUCCCGAGGUAAGGACCGGAAUCGAGGGGCUGCGGCGAAACCGCGAGACGCUGUGCCUUCCCCUCCGCUUUCCGUCGCGUUCACUUCUUCCACCCUCGAUUACUGCACUAAACAUAUCCCUGUGCCUCCUUUAGCAACAGCGCGAAGGGGCUUUUUUUUACUCCUCCUUCGUAUUAAAGUCGCCAUUUUGCUUCACUGCCUAUGAAAGCUUCUUGUAUUUUCAUAUUUUUGGCGGUGUUUCUGCGUUUUUGUGCGCGUGCUUUUGAGUUGGAUUUUAAUGAGAGAGCUCGUGGAUUACAUAUUAAUGAAGAGGGGCGCCGAGUGCAGUCUGGAAACACGGUGAAAGUGUUCGGCUUGUGGGCAUUUGCAUCAGCUUGCUCUUUUUUUCUUCCUCCUCCUUCUUCUUCAUCAUCUUCCUCCGCGGAUACGCACAGCGGGGGCCGUGAGUGUGGCUACCGACCGUGACGCCCGUCUGUCCGCGACCCCCCGCGCGUCAGGUGCGUUUGCCAUGUAAAGUCAAGCGGCGCGACGCGAGAGUAAAGGCUACAGCCUGACCCCACGUGGGUGACCCGCUCACCCGCUCACCCGCCAGUGUUGGGUGGCUUUCCAGGCAUGGACACCUCCAGCGGUGCCCGGGUGGUGAAGCCUUCAUCUGGCUUGUCAAAGGGGCGCACUGCCAAACAGGCCCACCCCGCAGAGAUGGCCCGAAUGGGCAGCACUGAAAACGACAAUCACGGUUCCUCCUAUAAUGAGAAAUCAGAGGGUAAGAAGAAAGGACGCCCUCGCGUGGAGGUGCAGGAGCUGCGCAUUAUUCCCGCCCAUAUGAUGGUUCAGUGGAAAGAGGAGUUUAAGAGUCGUUCCAGGGUGAAAUGUCCAUGCUCAGGCUGCUGGUUGGAAUUCCCCAGUAUUUACGGACUUAAAUAUCACUAUCAGCGAUGCCAAGGGGCGACCAUAGCAGAGAAGCUGAGUCACAGAUGCCCGUACUGUGAGGCUGUGUUUGCCACCAAGGUGCGUCUUCAGAAGCACAAGCUGUGGAAUCACCCAGAAAGGGUCACCAUGGAGACUAAGUCCGGGGUCACCUUGGAUGCCAAAUCCGAUCCCAAGCCCGAACCCAAACAGCAUAAAAGCCCUGUGAAGCGAAAUGCCAAAAAAAGGCCCGUGGAGAACAGCCCUCCAUCACCCGUAUUUUUCAAGGUGAAGAAGACCCAGGAGGUGUCUCGGCCCUCACAGAAUGGGGAGUGCGCCCCCCAAAGGCCGGACAGGAAACAGCAGCAGGGGACGUCCGUAGACACUGGGGGCAGUGAGAGUGAGGGAGGCAGUCUACCCCCACCCUUCCCUGAGGAGGACCCUGAGAGAAUGAAGCACAGGAGGAAGCAGAAAACUCCAAAGAAGUUCACCGGGGAGCAGCCGUCUAUUUCAGGAACAUUUGGUUUGAAAGGAAUGAAUAAGGUGGAGGAGAAGUUGAAAGCAGGUCGGAUGAAGAGGGCGGAAGGGGCUCUGUUCGCUGAGGAGUCCCAGAGGAAGCAGUCGGUUCAUGCUCCCAGCAGAAAAGAGGCUGCUGUUAUUAGUUCAGUUCCCCCUGCUGAAGCCCAGUGGCAGAACACCAUCUCUGAGAGAGGAGAAGUGGUCUGUCCCACCUGCUCUGUCGUCACUCGCAAGACCGUCCAUGGACUUAAGAAGCACAUGGAGAUCUGUCAGAAGCUGCGGGACGCUCUCAAAUGUCAGCAGUGUCAGAAACAGUUCCGAUCAAAAGCUGGACUCAAUUACCACAGCAUGGCUGACCACAUUAAGCCCUCGGCGAGUGAAAAUGUGUCUGAAGAGGAGCAGGAGGAGAGAGAGAGGCUACGCUGCGUCCUCAAACAGAUGGGCCGAAUCAAAUGUCCCAGUGAGGGCUGUUCAGCUCAUUUCUCCAGUCUGAUGGGUUAUCAGUAUCAUCAGAAACGCUGUGGCAGAGAGCUGCCAGACAAACAGAAGCCUGUCUUCCUGUGCCAGCACUGUGGUAAGACCUAUCGCUCAAAAGCUGGCCGUGACUACCACCUUCGCACCGAGCACCCCGUCACCACCCUGUCCACACACUCGCUCACAGCUGAGGACUGGAAACAGGAAGACAGUAAAGAUGAGGAGGAUGUGCUGGAGGAUGAAGAAGAGGACGAAGAAGAGGAGGAGGAGGACGACGACGACGAGGAAGAGGAAGAACCUGUGCAAAUAAAGGGCAGAGAGAAGGCAAAGGAGAGAGUAGACGUGCCGGUGGAGAAGAUGGAGGAGAGGAAGGAGGAGAAAACAGUGGUGGAGCAGCUGCUGGAUUUGGAGAGGACGCCCAGCGGCAGGGUGCGCCGGCGCUCGGCUCAGGUGGCGGUGUUCCACCUGCAGGAGAUCGCAGAGGACGAGCUGGCCAAAGACUGGGGCACCAAACGACGCAUCAAAGACGACCUCGUACCAGAUAUCAAGAGGCUCAACUAUACACGACCAGGUCUCCCCAACUUUAGCCCUGAAACUGUGAAUAGCUGGAAGAACGAGGUGAAGGAAAAAGGAUUUAUCUGCUGCCCCAAUUGUAACUGCGAGGCUAUCUACUCAAGUGUAUCUGGACUUAAAGCGCACUUGGCAAGCUGUAACAAGGGAGGGGGCGACGUAGGGAAGUACACUUGUUUGCUCUGUCAGAAGGAGUUUAACUCUGAGAGCGGCGUGAAGUACCAUAUCAGCAAGACACACUCACAGAACUGGUUUCGGACGUCUACCAACGAAGUAACCAACAACAAGAAAAAAGAGCCAGAAAGCAAUGGCUUACAGAAGGACAUGAAAAACGUAGUGCCUGGGAAGAGGAGGGGACGAAAGCCCAAAGAGCACCACCUGGUGACAGCCCCCUUUCCAGCAGAGACUCAGAGCUACUGCCCAGCUCCAGCUCCGCUUCCACCCCAGACCGUAAGCCUAGCCCCAGAAACCCAAACCCCCGUGCCCAACCCUAUCAUCAACACCCCAUCCACACCCUCUGCCCCAGUGGACAGUGGGAAUCCAGCCCAAGCCAGAGACACACAGCCCCCUAUAAAGAAACGAGGCAAAACUAAGAAAGCGCAGACCGCUGAGUAACACGGCUUUCAAUCCGUCAGCACCAGAAGGGAUGCUUUCCGAACUACUCUGGAUAAAACUUUAGUUAAUUCGGUCACAGAAUUGAAGGAUGGCACAGAAGAAUGAGCCCGGAAAGAUGAACGGCAGAACGAGGGGAUGAAAAACAGCAGAAAACAACAAUGAUUUGCUCUUGUAUUGAUUUCACACUGAUCUUUGUGUUUUUUAAGCUGAGUAUAUACAUUAUGUGUGUGCUUGUGUAUACUGAUAUAUAUUACUCCUGUUGGUUUUUCAUUCCAUUUUUAUAGUUCAUUUUAAUAAGUUGUUCACUCUAAAGGGGUCAAUAACAUUUAAGCUCCCAGUUGAUAUAUAUAUAUAUAUA